UGCUGCGCCUGCAGCUCGGUGUAAGGGACGCUGUGGUUGGACGUGCUGCCGAUCUGCAGUGCAGCCUGGGAGCUGUCAAUCGGAUCGCUUUGAAGCCACUGACGCUCAUCAGGGUUUAUUUACACUCAGCAGGACAAUACUAGACAAAUGAGAAUAUGUAGGGAGUAAUUAUACAUUGUCUGCUUCCAGAGUGUUCUUGUAAAGGGACGUGACUGAAAUGUAAAGGUGUCAUCGGAGCCAGGCCCUGCAUCUCCAUCAUUUAAGUAACCGACCAACGUUAGCUAGCUGCUGCUCUCUUUAUUCACGCUGUCAGUCGUUGUUACCUGGUGAAUCCGACACAUGAUUGAAUGACAUUGGUGGCCUAUAUCUGAUACCGGAGUGAUGCACUUAUGUGUGCCUGGUGUUUUACAUUAGCAUACUAACCACCCAGGAGAAUGAAUGCAGAGGAAGUGGAGCUGCUCGGUGACUCCAAGUACAGGAACUAUGUGGCAGCAGUGGACAAAGCCCUCAAGAACUUUGAGUACUCCAGUGAGUGGGCAGACCUCAUCUCUGCAUUGGGCAAACUCAACAAGGUUUUGCAGAACAAUGCAAAAUACCAAGUGGUUCCAAAGAAGCUGACGAUAGGCAAGCGGCUGGCCCAAUGCCUUCAUCCUGCCCUGCCCAGCGGGGUCCAUCGCAAGGCCUUGGAGACUUACGAGAUCAUCUUCAAGAUCAUUGGACCCAAGAGGCUCGCCAAAGACCUCUUUCUUUAUAGCUCUGGGCUCUUCCCUUUACUCUCCAAUGCCGCCAUGUCUGUGAAGCCUGUGCUGCUGGGGCUCUAUGAGACCUACUACUUACCACUGGGAAAGACUCUGAAGCCAGGCCUACAAGGGCUCCUGACUGGGGUACUGCCUGGUCUGGAGGAGGGCUCUGAGUAUUACGACAGGACUAACACCCUGUUGGAGAAGGUGGCUGCAGCAGUGGAGCAGUCGGCCUUCUACAGUGCCUUGUGGGGCAGCAUCCUGACCAGCCCUGCUGUACGUCUCCCUGGGGUGUCUUUUGUUCUGCUGCACCUCAAUCGCAGGCUGUCCAUGGAGGACCAGCUCUAUGUCAUGGGCAGUGACAUUGAACUCAUGGUGGAGGCGGUCAGUACCUCAGUCCAGGACUCCAGUGUGUUGGUGCAGAGAUGCACCCUGGAUCUUAUCCUCUUCUGUUUCCCCUUCCAUAUGAGCCAGGCGACUCGCCCUGACAUGAUCCGGAUCCUGUCGGCAGCUUUGCAUGUGGUUCUGAGAAGAGACAUGUCCCUCAACCGCAGACUCUACGCCUGGCUGCUGGGCUUUGACAACAAUGGGGUGAUGAUAGGACCCCGCAGCACACGCCAGAGCAACCCAGAGGAGCAUGCUAGCCAGUACUUUAACACCUUCUCUAAAGACAUGCUGGUCCAGGCCAUGGUGGGGAUUCUGCAAGGCAAGGCCCGAGGUGGAGAAGAAGAAAGCAUCCUCAUGCAUGACCUUAAGCCUUUCCGCAUCCUCAUUAGUUUGCUGGACAAACCCGAGCUGGGUCCAGCAAUCUUGGAAGAUGUUUUGAUCGAAGUGUUCAGAACUCUAUACACGCAGUGCAGGACAGAGUUGGACCUCCAAAACCAGAGUCCCUUUAGUAAAGACCACACACACCUCAGCAGCAAACUACGAGAAAACAAGAAAACAGCUGAACUGAUUAAAACAGCCAACCUCCUGUUUAACUCGUUUGAGCCAUACUACAUGUGGGACUACAUCGCUCGAUGGUUUGAGGAGUGCUGCAGGAGGACGGUUCACAGCAGCACACGUGCACCACAGCAUGCUGGGAGCUUCGAUACUCCUGAGCUGUCAUUGGUGGAAUUCUGUCAGCUGGUGGAUUUCCUGCUGGAUAUUGUUUCACUGCCUACUAGAAGCAUGAGGGUAAUCUGCCAGGAGACCUACAUAGAGAUCCAGACAGAGCAUCUUCCUCAAUUGCUUUUGCGCAUGGUGGCAGCUCUCACCUGUCACCUGCAGGCCCUGGGCCUCGGAGAGCUCACCCACUGCCUUUGUCUGUGCUCCAAAAUCCUCAGCAAAGUGCAACCACCACUGGUGUCCCCUCUGGCUCUGCCAUCGGGCCCCCGGGCUCAGGGCCUCUCCACUUCUACUGGAAACCUCUCAAACUCAGCGAGGGAUAAGUGCAAAGAAAAGGAGGACAAGCAGGCUUUGUCCUCUACACUGGAGCUUCCUGCCAGUGGAGAAGUGUUUGAAGACAGAGAAAACCUUCAAAGCAGUCGCACCUCAGAAAGCGGCUUCACAGACUUUGUCCAGUACCAGGGAGACGGCUCUGAGGAUCCAGAGGGAACCCCUCAUCCUCACCCAGCAAUCAAAGCAGGCCGCCGCUCUUCAGGCCCAUCUCAGACCAAGCCUCUGGACAAACCAGUCAUGCAGUGCUGCCUGGAGCACUUCCAGCAGUUUCUCUCCAGACUCAUCAGCUUGUAUAUUACCCCUGGGCAGGGGCACAAAGCUGAGGCUGAGAGGGGUGAUGUCAUGCAGCCGGGUCCCCUGGUUUCAGGCGACUCCCAGCACAGCAGUCAUGUAGAGCCGGGCUCAGGAUCCAGUGUGGUCCAGAGGGAUUGUGUUGCUGCCUUCACUGCUGCCUGUCAGCUCUUCUUAGAGUGCUCCAGUUUCCCUGUCUACAUUGCAGAGGGCAACCUCAAGUCUUCACCUGCACAGGAAGAGCAGUUUGACAGCGAGCAGGUCCGUCUGCCAGGGUGGCUGCAGACCCUGAUGGAUGCCUGCUGCCUGGCCAGGGACUUUACCCUUCGGGGUGUUGCUAUCUCCUUGCUCAUGGACCUUGUGGGACUCACCCAGUCAGUUGCCAUGGUCACUGCUGAGAGCGUGGCAUCUGGUGGCAGCUCUGAGUCCACCCAGCCCAUGAGCCCCAGCCAGGGUCGUGUAGCCGUUGUCAUCAGGCCACCCCUCACUCAGGGCAUCCUGAAGCACAUUGCUGAAAAGACUGAUUUCUUCAAGAAUGUGGCUCUGAUCUUAUGGGACCAGCUGAGUGAGGGAACACCUCAGCACCAUCAACGCAGUGUGGAGCUCUUCUACCAGCUCCACAACCUGGUGCCCUCCUCCAGCAUCUGUGAGGAUGUCAUCAGCCAACAGCUCAUGCACAGAGACAAGAGAAUACGGCUGGAGGCCCACGUGAAGUUCUCUGUGCUGUGGCAUUUGACACGUGAUCUUAACAUGACCAAAUCUUCUCCUUUUAAUCGCACAUUUGACAGGUCUCUGUUCAUCAUGCUUGACAGUCUGAGUUAUUGGGAUCCAUGUACGAGCGCUGUUGGUCGGGGUUGGCUGAAUCAGGUCCUUCAGAGACAUGAUAUUGCUCGGGUAUUGGAACCACUGCUCCUAAUCUUGCUCCAUCCCAAGACCCACCGAGUAUCCAUUCAGAGGGUACAGUCCCAACGCCACUGGGCCCAGGUCCCACCUGAACAACGGGAUCAGGAUCCAACAGAACCCAUUUACACUCGAGACUCUGGCUUCUCUGACAAUUAUAGUCAGAUCCACGGGGAGAGGGUGUCACAAGAUGAGCUCCGAGGCCUGGCGAUUGGUGACAUGGAGCCCUUCUGUCUCACUGUCAACCCCUUGAGUGAUAGUCUGUCCUUACUGAGCCUGAGCAGUGAGAACCUGCAUCUAGCUUGUGAAUAUCAGCCUGCUGACCAGCAGGGGGAGCCCCAGAGCUCAGAUUCUAGUGGUUCUCAAUCAUCCACAGUGGAAAAUGGCAGCUUUGAAGAACAAGAAGGUGUCGGCAGUACAGUCAAUGGCUCAGACCAGCAGCCUGGAUUCUUAGAUGACAUGCCUGAGGACUCUGUUGAGGAGACUGUGUCCUCUGUUGUAAAAGAACUGAUAGACAGAGUUUUGUGUUUAGUGGAUGAGGGCUCUCUUGAUGUUUCACCUCCACCUGAAAACUGGCCCCAGACAGACACAGACAGCACCUCCUCAGAUACCUCAACAGGUCUCCGUCUUGACUCUGGCCCAUUCCCUGCCUCUAAUCACCAAACACUCCCUGAGAUGCUGGCUGGAGGAACACUGGAGUUUCUCUCUGUUACACCAGCUGAUGUGUCUUCAGAGGAGCAGCAGCACAGAGAGGGCAUUACUCGUCAUAGCUCAUCACCUUCUAUUGUCACAUUGCCAGACUGUUCCAACCCAGUCACCCUAGACAGCCUUCGUGUGGAUGACCCUCAGGGCCGUAAACGUAGCCACAGCAGCACCCAGCUCAGCCUCAAAGGGAAGAUCAUGGAGAGGCUGGCAGACAAAUCUCCUGGUGCAAAGCCCAAAAUCAAGAAGACUAAGAGGAAAGAGGAGGAGAGGCUGAGGAAGUUGGCAAAUCAAGCUGAAAAACUGCGACCGCCCAGUAUUUUCUUUGGAGACAGCCUGGAUCUGGAGAACUGGUACAGCUGCGGGGAGGGAGAGGUGUCAGAGAUUGAAAGUGACACUGGUUCACCCAGUGGGAGCUCUGGUGUCACCGUUGGGGGUGCUAGUGUCACAAGACGCAGAUCAUCCCCCGGCCCACCGCGUUUCAACAUCCACCCCCUCUACCAGCAUGUCCUGCUCUACCUCCAGCUGUACGACUCCUCCCGGGCACUCCACGCCCUGUCAGCCAUUGCAGCAAUGUUAAGAUCUGCUCCCUCAGGGUUUGUAAGUGCCAUCUCCACCACCAGCAUCAACAACACCUACACUCCACAGCUCUCUUUGCUCCAGAACCUCCUGGCCCGUCACAGGGUCUCCGUCAUGGGCAAAGACUUCUACUGCCCGAUACCCCAGGAUUCACACUCCCAUUCAUUCCGCAGUGCCAUGUACCUGGAAAUCAUUAUUUCACUCUGUCUCUACUUUCUCAGAAGUUAUUACUCGGCACAUGUGUCAGCAUCCCCUCAGGACUUGGCAGGGAACCGGGCCAUGCAAUUGACCAGUGUGGAGGUCUUGACUCUGCUUUUCAGUGAACUAGCCAAAGUCACCGGGGGCUCUGCUAAAGGCUUUGCUAGUUUUAUCAGUGAUGUCCUCUCUAAGUGCAAAGUCCAGAAAGUGGUUCUUCACUGCUUGCUCUCUUCAAUAUUCAGUGCGCAGAAGUGGCAUGAGCAGCGUGUGUCAGGUGUGAACGUGGCCACAGUGGAGGAGGGUCUCUCAGAGGACAGUGUGAUCAACCUGUCAGAGGACCAGAUAGACAGCUGCAGUGCUGUCCAGUCUCAGCUGCUCAGACUGCUCCAGAGCCUCGUCGUGCUCGAGCACAGAGUCCUGGUGCCAGCUGAUGAAGGAGGAGAAGGAGUACCUGUGGCAGGAGGUUCAGUAGGUGGAGGGACGGGGAGCGGUGCCGGGGCUGGGUUUGAGAUCAUCGGUGGGGAAGUGGAGCACGUAAACCCACAGCAGCCGAUGACAUCACUGCAAUAUCUUCAUGGCCAGCCUAUCACUGCGCAGGGUAUGUUCCUGUGUGCGAUAAUCAGGGCGCUGCAUCAGCACCAUACUUGUAAGAUGCAUCCACAGUGGAUCGGACUCAUCACAGCCACCCUGCCGUACAUGGGUAGGGUGCUGAGGAGAGUGGUGGCUUCAGUCACCCUGCAGCUGUGCAGGAACCUGGACAAUCUUCUUCAGCAGUACCGCUAUGAAACUGGGAUUACUGACACCAGACCCCAGUGGAUGGCUCUGAGCAUCCCUCCUGACUUGAUUCUUACAGUUCUUGAGGGGGUGACAGCCAUCAUCCAUUACUGCCUACUGGAUCCCACUUCCCAGUACCACCAGUUACAAGUGAGUGUUGACCAGAAGCACCUAGCUGAGGCUCGUUCAGGUAUCCUGUCCAUCCUCCACACCAUCAUGUCUUCUGUGACCCUGCUGUGGAGUGUCCUCCAUCAGGCGGACAACUCCGACAAGCCAGCUGCUGCCUCUGCUGCCUCCACUUCCAACAUCAACCUUGGCUCCACUAAGAACCUACGGCAGCAAAUAUUGGAGCUGCUAGGUCCAAUCUCCAUGAACCACGGUGCUCACUUCAUGGCAGCCAUUGCCUAUGUUUGGAAUGAGAGGAAACAGGUCAAAACUCCAGUCAGAAAUAAGGUGAUUCCUUUAGCGAGUGAAGAACAGCUGCUGCUGGUGGAGCUGGUCCGGUCAGUGAGUGCCAUGCGCACUGAGACGGUCAUGCAGACUGUUAAAGAGGUCCUGAAGCAGCCACCUGCCAUAGCAAAGGACAAGAAGCACCUUUCUUUGGAGGUCUGCAUGCUGCAGUUCUUUUAUGCCUAUGUCCAGAGGAUCCCUGUGUCCAGUUUAGUUGAUAGCUGGCCGUCUCUGCUGGCACUGCUGAAGGACUCGGUACCGUUAGGCCUUCCUGCCCCAGGACAAUUUCUUAUCCUAGGAGUGCUUAAUGAGUUCAUUUUGAAGAAUCCCAAUCUAGAGAGCAAGAAGGACCAACGAGAGCUGCAGGAUGUGACCCAUAAAGUGGUAGAGGCCAUUGGGACAAUUGCAGGCUCCUCUUUGGAGCAGACCACAUGGCUGAGGAGAAACCUGGAGGUGAAGGCUUCCCCUCAGAUAGUUGUAGAUGGAACAAACCUGGAAGCUGAUGUAGAAGAUUUAAUGCUCACAGUGAUGGAGGCCUCCAGCUUCACUCCAUCAGUGUACAGCGUUCAUGCCCUCACGCUGCUGGCCGAGGUGCUGGCUCAUCUUUUGGACAUGGUCUUCUACAGUGAUGAGAAGGAGAGGGUGAUCCCACUGCUGGUUAAUAUCAUGCACUACGUAGUGCCCUACCUCCGUAACCACAGUGCUCACAACGCCCCCAGCUACAGAGCCUGCAUCCAACUGCUGAGCAGCCUGAGCGGGUACCAGUACACCCGCCGUGCAUGGAAGAAGGAAGCCUUCGAUCUCUUCAUGGACCACACCUUCUUCCAGAUGGACUCCUCCUGUGUCAGCCACUGGAGAGCCAUCAUUGACCACUUGAUGACUCAUGACAAGACCACAUUUAGAGACCUCAUGACUCGGGUGGCGGUCGCUCAGAGCAGCUCUCUGAGUCUCUUCACAAACCGUGAUGCUGAGCUUGAGCAGAGAGCUAUGCUACUCAAACGGCUGGCUUUCACCAUCUACAGCAGUGAAGUGGACCAGUACCAGAAAUACCUCCCAGAUAUACAAGAGCGUCUUGUGGAGAGCCUGCGGCUGCCUCAGGUGCCGAUCCUCCAUGCUCAGGUGUUCCUGUUCUUCAGAGUUCUGCUGCUCCGUAUGUCUCCUCAACACCUCACCUCCCUGUGGCCCACCAUGAUCACUGAACUGGUUCAGGUGUUUCUUCUGAUGGAGCAGGAGCUGACAGCGGAUGAGGACAUAUCCAGGACGUCGGGUCCAUCUGUAGCUGGAUUAGAGACCACCUACUCUGGUGGAAACGGCUUCUCCACCUCCUACAACAGUCAGCGAUGGCUCAACCUUUAUCUGUCUGCCUGCAAGCUCCUGGACCUGGCUCUGGCUCUUCCUCCUGAGAGCCUGCCUCAGUUUCAGAUGUACCGCUGGGCGUUCAUCCCAGAAGCAUCAGACGAUUCAGGACUGGAAGUUAGACGACAGGGGACUCACCAGAGAGAGUUUAAACCCUACGUAGUCCGACUGGCCAAGCUGCUAAGGAAACGAGCCAAGAAAAACCCAGAAGAGGACUGCUCCACUCGAACCCUGUCCUGGGAGCCAGGUCACCUCAUGCUGACCCUCUAUGUGAUCCGCAGCAUGGAGCAGCUGCUCCCUUUCUUUAACCUGCUCAGCCAGGUGUUCAACAGCAAGGCCAGCAGCCGCUCAGGUCCCACCUACGCCCAUAACCCCACAGACGCCUCCUUCCACGGCCACAAGGAGGGACACAAACUGGAGAGCCAGAAAGUGUUCUGGAGCCGAGCUCGACAGAACAUCGAGGAGAUGGUGGAAAAAGACUUUCUAGAGGGUCUUAUCAAGACGUGAGGACACAGCAGGGGGAGGGAGAGGGAUUAACACAACUGAUCAACACUAGUGACAAACCUCAACUUGACAUAAAAAAACAAAACACUGGAACACAACUGGGGAAAUAGUUUGUACAUUUUUUGUAUUUAUUAUGAUAAUUUUACUUUUAAAAGCUAUUGUAUUUAAAUUUGAUUAUUUGUAUAUAUGGAACAGCUUUGAUGACUUUUAACAUUUCAUUUGAGUCCCUGUGGACAAAGUGAAGAUGCUGUGCCAUUCCAUAUUGAUGUGACUUAAUAAAGAUUUCUAAUGGGAGGGUUACAUGCGCCAUGUCACUCUCAUCCUGA